AUGCCGGCAUACUCACAGACUAACGCCGACAGUAAUGCUUUCCUACCCGGACGCCUUGUGAAGAGCUGGGGGCACUGGAUUUGGCCGCAGGAGGAGGGAGGAGUGAGAUGGUGGUGGCGCGACCCGUCGUCGGACGGGACGGGAGGCGCUGUGGAAAGAGACGCCGGAGAGGAGGAAGGGGGCGCCACUUACCCUGUCAUAAUCUGCCAUUUCUCUUCUCCUCUCAACACGGAGGAGACAAGGGCAGAGGAGGCAGAGGGAAGCCCCGCCCACAGUCUGUCCGUCCAAGAAUCUCCAGCCUGUGCAGAGAGACAUGGGACCCUUACUGUGGAGCGACCACUUGGAACUAAAGGAGAUGACACAGCCUUGAAUGCAAUAAUGUUAUAUUGUACUGAAUAUGGAAGCAGAGAUGUGGUAGCGACAAUUACAUCUACAAUCGGACCAUGGGGGGACUGGACUUCCAUUUCCUGGUGUCCUAGUGGAAAUCUCAUAAGUUUCUCCUUGAAAGUUGAGGACAUACAGUUAGGAGACGACACAGCGGCCAACAACAUCAUGAUGGCAUGUUCAGAUGAAGACAUUCUAGAAGGAAAUGGUGAAAGGUGGGGAAGUUAUGACAACUGGAGUGAGGACUGCUUAGAUGGUAUCUGUGGUAUCCGAACCAAAGUGGAGGGACAACAAUAUGGCGGAGAUGACACCUCUCUCAAUGAUGUUGAAUUUGAAUGUUGUUGAUACUAGUGAUGGGUUCAUGUAAAUCUGGAUCCAAAUCUGAUCAAUAAAAUGAUAAAUGUU